AUGGCUACCACUACUUUCCUGCCGCCGAGUGACGUGGAUGCCUACGACUAUGUGAUCGUAGGAGGAGGCACUGCAGGUUGCGUGAUCGCCUCGCGCCUCGCAGAGUACCUGCCCAACAAGCGCAUUCUACUCAUCGAGGCCGGUCCAAGCGACUUCAUGGACGACCGCGUCCUGAACCUCAAGGAAUGGCUCAGCCUGCUGGGCGGCGAGCUCGACUACGACUACCCGACGACCGAGCAACCAAUGGGUAACAGCCACAUCCGGCAUUCCCGUGCCAAAGUUCUUGGCGGCUGCUCCUCACACAACACGCUGAUUUCCUUCCGACCUUUCGAAUACGACACCCGCCUAUGGGAGGAGCUGGGCUGCAAAGGCUGGUCCUUUGACAUGUUUACGCGCGUGCUCGAUAACCUGCGCAACACUGUCCAGCCUGUUCAUGCUCGCCACCGUAACCAGCUCUGCAAGGACUGGGUGCAGUCAUGCUCCACCGCCUUGAAUAUUCCGGUCAUUGAGGACUUCAACAACGAGAUUCGCAGCAAGGGGGAACUCACUGAAGGUGUCGGCUUCUUCUCUGUCUCGUACAAUCCCGAUGAUGGCCGCCGCAGCAGUGCUAGUGUCGCUUACAUCCACCCAAUUCUUCGCGGCGAGGAAAAGCGUCCUAACUUGACUAUCCUGACCAACGCUUGGGUUUCUCGCGUAAAUGUCACCGGUGACGUCGUCACCGGAGUUGAUGUGACUCUUCAAUCAGGCGUGAAGCACACCUUGUGCCCAAAAAUCGAGACUGUUCUUUGCGCUGGUGCUGUGGACACCCCGCGUUUGCUGUUGCUGUCCGGAAUCGGUCCACAGGAUCAAUUGUCAUCUCUCGGAAUUCCAUUAGUCAAGGACAUUCGCGGCGUUGGCGAGAAUCUAAUCGACCACCCGGAAAGUAUCAUCAUCUGGGAGCUCAACCAGCCCGUACCCCCCAACCAAACCACAAUGGACUCCGACGCUGGAAUCUUCCUGCGCCGAGAAGCUCCAAACGCAGCGGGCAGUGACGGACGUGCCGCCGAUGUCAUGAUGCACUGCUACCAAAUCCCCUUCUGCUUGAACACCACUCGCCUAGGAUACGACACCCCAGUUGACGCCUUCUGCAUGACGCCCAACAUCCCGCGCCCACGGUCCCGCGGCCGUCUAUACCUGACCUCAUCCGACUCCAGCGUCAAACCAGCCCUCGACUUCCGCUAUUUCACCGAUCCGGAGGGCUACGACGCCGCCACCAUUGUCGCCGGAUUCAAAGCUGCCCGCGAAGUCGCCAAGCAAGCCCCAUUCAAAGACUGGAUCAAGCGCGAAGUGGCCCCUGGUCCAGGAGUAACUACCGACGAGGCUCUGUCUGAGUACGGCCGCCGCGUCGCUCACACCGUCUACCAUCCUGCCGGAACGACCAAAAUGGGCGACAUCCAGCGCGACCCUCUUGCCGUGGUUGACCCGCAAUUGCGUCUCCGCGGCCUGAAGAACGUGCGUAUAGCUGAUGCCGGCGUGUUCCCCAAUAUGCCCACUAUCAACCCCAUGCUCACUGUGUUGGGUAUUGGUGAGCGAGCGGCCGAGAUGAUUGCCGAGGAGGCUGGAUGGAAGAGGAACCAGCCUAGACUGUAG